UUACAGUUUUACACCAAAAUCCAGACAACCGACGUGCGUUGACUUGGUUGGAGCGCGGAUACGCUCGCGACACCAGUCCUUUGAAGAUUUCGCUUCAGUAUAAUGUACUUUUAUUCUGAGUUUUAACUUCGUAACUGAAUUGUAACCCGCUGUUUUUUACUAGAAUGCAUCAGACAGUUUGAUGGCGGGCGUUGUCUCCCCCCUAAUUUGUUAUCUGUUGUUGUUUGAGGCUGUAUUUUUAUCCGAAUUAACGUUACAAGACUGUAGCGGCUGUUUGGCUAACUAGCUAGCGUUACGUGCGUUGCCGCUCCAGAAGCCAGAACAGGCAUCGCAGCGUCUCUGCGCCGCUGGUGGCUCCCUUUCACCCCUGUCCCCCUUCUGUGGAAGAUCCAGCUCGAAGCAGCUGCCUUGCACAUGCAAUGGCUCACCAUUAACUGUGCAGUCUGCCAGGACAAACGCUUACCGGCAGUUUACAACGAAAGCUGUUUAAAUAUUUAACCUGUUCUUUUUACACUAAUUGACCACUUUAGCCAUAUCUAAUCAAGUAUAUAAUUUCCUGUUUUCCCUUUAAACGAUUGUUGCACUGGAUUUAUAAAACAGGCUAACCCUGUAAAAACAUGUGACAGACUUCUCAUGGUCCUCAGUGACUGCAGCCGGAGGUCUGCCCCCCACAAUCCUCUGCACCAACCUUUGAAGUGAGGCCAGGAGUGCGAACUGUCCUCCCAGUCCUCCCUGUCCCUCCUGCCACCUUCAAAGCAUCUCCAGACACACACUUUUUUCCUCCAAGGACACACAAAGCAAGUGCGACAAGGACCCAGGAAAACAGCAAGAUAGUGGGAGUUUAAAGGAAGACCUGCCAAAGGAAAUAAUUUAGUCCCAUAAAUCUUUAGAGGGAUCAUUCCACUCCACAGGACCUAAACAUGGGGAACCAGUUAACAGAAAUUGCCCCCAGUACCCCGUUCCUCCCCAGCUUCCAGUCUUUACACGUAGUGGUGAUUGGUCUGGACUCUGCAGGGAAAACCGCCCUCCUCUACAGACUCAAGCUGCGGGAGUUUGUUGAGACGAUCCCCACCAAAGGCUUCAACAUGGAGCGGAUUAAAGUGCCCAUGGGGAUGUCCAAAACCAACACCACCACGUUCCAGGUGUGGGACGUCGGCGGUCAAGAGAAACUGAGGCCCCUCUGGAAGUCGUACACCCGGAGAACAGACGGGCUGGUGUUCGUGGUGGACGCAGCUGAGGCGGAGCGCAUGGAGGAGGCCAAGGUGGAGCUCCACCGGAUCACCCGUUCGGCAGAGAACCAGGGGGUGCCCGUGCUGGUGCUGGCAAACAAACAGGACCUGGGUGGAGCCGUGCCAGCUUCAGAGGUGGAGAAGGUGCUGGCCCUCCACGAGCUGAGCUCAUCCACGCUGCACCACACGCAGGGCUGCUCGGCGCUGGAUGGUCAGGGCCUGCAGCCCGGCCUGGAGAAACUCUACGAGAUGAUCCUGAAGAGGAAGAAGAUGCUCCGACACAGCAAGAAGAAGAGAUGAGGCGGAGGGGUGCAGCGGUGCUGGGGAUAGAGGUUGCUUUUUGAGCCACUACUUGUCUGAGGACCUUCUCAGCAGCCAUGUCUGUGACACUUUUGGAAGUACAGUGGGCGAAACCAGAGGGAAGCCUGUCAGUCCUUCAGACUAGUUGGGAUGUUCCAACCAAGUUCAAACUGUGGCUCUGAAGUCUGUAGCCAGUGUUAACGCCUUCCUUCACCCGCUAGCCAUUUGGGCAGACGGGCUUCCUUUGGGAUUGUUUCUGCUCUUGAGCACUCUUCCCUCUCCUCAUCUCCCGUCCUUAAAGGAGCAUGACAGAGACAUACAACUCCAGAGGAAAACCUGUGCAAUAUAUGAUGAACACUCGCCCAUGCACUCACUCCAGUAUUGAAGGAUAUUUUGUACCACUACUUGUACAAACUGUAGUGCCACAGAAACCUGCAGGCCUGGCCCGUGCAUAGUUCCCGUUCCUUUCACCGAGUUUCAAUGACACGCUUUGCUCUAAAUCUUUAUGUUGCAUGAUGUUCACCCAGAUAUCUGCUUGGGAAUAUUAAGACAACACUUUUGUUGAUCAAAAGAAGACUAUAAUGAUUAUUGUAGUUUAGAAACUGCCCAGUGUUCAGUUCGGUAUGCCAUUGGGACUACAGCUAAGAUGUCACCAGCGUGACAUUUCCAGACGGACUCACUGAGGCUGCUGAAUCCAGCCACGCCAGUUUAGAUAGUUUUUCACUCUUCACCAAAGUUGUUUGCUUGUCACAGUUGAGUGUGUUUCAGGGUUGGCUGAAUGGUUGGUUGGUAAGUUCAAACAAGAAAUAGUUUUUAUAUUGUGCACAUUUUGUUUUGUAAAAUGUCAACAUAUAAAUAAAUUAUUGAGCAACUUUGGACUUA